GUACGCUCGCUGAUCUGUCCGCAGUCCGCAGCAGCGAUGGUGCUGAGUGUCGCGCUAAUUUGGGGGAUCGUGGUCGCGCUCUGUUGCUGCCUGUGGCUCGUGCUCGGCAUCCGCAGAAGACAGCCCGGCGAACCUCCGGUGGAAAACGGUCUGAUCCCGUACCUCGGCUGUGCCCUGCAGUUCGGCGCAAACCCACUGGAGUUCCUCCGCAGCCGGCAGAAGAAGUACGGCCACAUCUUCACCUGCAAGAUCGCCGGCCAGUAUGUCCAUUUCCUCUGCGACCCGUUCUCCUACCACUCGGUCAUCCGCCAGGGUCGCCACCUGGACUGGAAGAAAUUCCACUUCGCCGCCUCUGUCAAGGCGUUUGGACAUGACAGCAUGGACCCCAGCCACGGCCACACCACUGAGAACCUGCACCAGACCUUCCUGAAGACCCUGCAGGGCGACGCCCUGCCCUCCCUGAUCGAGAACAUGAUGGAGAACCUGCAGAACGUUCUCCUGCAGCCCUGCUCCGGCCCGCCCAAAAGCUCAGACUGGGAGGUGGAUGGCAUUUUCGCCUUCUGCUACAAGGUGAUGUUCGAGUCCGGCUACCUGACCCUCUUCGGCAAGGAGCUCAACACCCAGGAGGACCAGAGCCCGGCCAGGCAGGAGGCGCAGAAGGCCCUGGUCCUCAACGCGCUGGAGAACUUCAAGGAGUUCGACAAGAUCUUCCCGGCCCUGGUCGCCGGCCUCCCCAUCCACGUCUUCAAGAGCGGCCACAGCGCCCGGGAGAACCUGGCCAAGACCAUGACAGCGGAGAAGCUGAGCAAAAGGAAGGACAUGUCGGACCUGAUCUCUCUCCGGAUGCUGCUCAAUGACACCCUGUCCACCUUCAAUGACCUGAGCAAGGCCAGGACCCACGUGGCUCUGCUGUGGGCCUCCCAGGCCAACACGCUCCCCGCCACCUUCUGGACGCUCUUCUACAUGAUCAGGAGUCCUGAAGCCCUUAAAGCGGCAACCGAGGAGGUGAGGAAGCUUCUGGAGAGCUCUGGUCAGAAACCCGACCCGCAUGGUCCACAUCUGACGAUAACCAGGGAACAGCUGGACAACCUUCCAGUGUUAGACAGCAUCAUCAAGGAAGCCAUGAGACUGUCGAGCGCAUCCCUGAACGUAAGGGUGGCCAAAGAGGACUUCCUGCUGCACCUGGACAACAAGGAGUCCUACCGCAUCCGCAAGGAUGAUGUCAUUGCCCUUUACCCCCAGAUGCUCCACUUUGACCCAGAAAUUUAUGAAGACCCUCUGACCUACAAAUACGACAGAUACCUGGACGAGAACGGAGAGGAGAAAACCAGCUUCUACAGAGACGGGCGCAAACUCCGCUACUACUAUAUGCCAUUCGGCUCUGGGGUGACCAAGUGCCCCGGGCGGUUCUUCGCUGUGCACGAGAUUAAACAGUUUCUGUGCCUGUUGCUGUCUUACUUCGAGAUGGAGCUGCUGGACUCCAGCGUGAAGGUGCCUCCUCUGGAUCAGUCUCGGGCGGGCCUAGGAAUUCUGCAGCCCACCUACGACGUGGACUUUAGGUACAGGCUGAAAGCUCAGUAG